UCUGCGGGUGCUCGAUCGUUGUCGCUUCUGCUGCUGCUGAUCCGCGUCCACGAGUUCGAACACCGCAGCGCCCUUUGGAGAAGGGACCAUGAUUUGGAAACGCAGCGCGGUUCUCCGCUUCUACAGUGUCUGCGGGCUCCUGCUACAAGCCACUGCUUCAAAGAAUAAAGUUAAGGGUAGCCAAGGGCAGUUUCCACUAACACAGAAUGUAACGGUUGUUGAAGGCGGAACUGCAAUUUUGACCUGCAGGGUUGAUCAAAAUGAUAACACCUCCCUCCAGUGGUCAAAUCCAGCUCAACAGACACUGUACUUUGAUGACAAGAAAGCUUUAAGGGACAAUAGAAUCGAACUUGUUCGGGCCUCCUGGCAUGAAUUGAGUAUCAGUGUCAGCGAUGUGUCUCUCUCUGAUGAAGGACAAUACACCUGUUCUUUAUUUACAAUGCCUGUCAAAACUUCCAAAGCCUAUCUCACUGUUCUGGGUGUUCCAGAGAAGCCUCAAAUUAGUGGGUUUUCAUCACCAGUCAUGGAGGGAGACUUGAUGCAGCUUACUUGUAAAACAUCUGGCAGUAAACCUGCAGCUGACAUAAGAUGGUUCAAAAAUGAUAAGGAGAUUAAAGAUGUAAAAUAUUUAAAAGAAGAAGAUGCAAAUCGUAAGACAUUCACCGUCAGCAGCACAUUGGAUUUCCGAGUGGACCGCAGCGAUGACGGCGUAGCAGUCAUCUGCAAAGUAGACCACGAAUCCCUCAAUGCCACCCCCCAGGUGGCGAUGCAGGUGCUAGAAAUACACUAUACACCAUCAGUAAAGAUUAUACCAUCCACUCCUUUUCCACAAGAAGGACAGCCUUUAAUUUUGACUUGUGAAUCCAAAGGAAAACCACUGCCAGAACCUGUUUUGUGGACAAAGGAUGGCGGAGAAUUACCAGAUCCUGAUCGAAUGGUUGUGAGUGGUAGGGAGCUAAACAUUCUUUUCCUGAAUAAGACGGAUAAUGGUACUUAUCGAUGUGAAGCCACAAACACCAUUGGCCAAAGCAGUGCAGAGUAUGUUCUCAUUGUGCAUGAUCCCAAUGCUUUGGCUGGCCAGGCCGGGCCUGAUCAUGCUCUUAUAGGAGGAAUAGUGGCUGUAGUUGUAUUUGUCACUCUGUGUUCUAUUUUUCUGCUUGGUCGAUAUCUGGCAAGACAUAAAGGAACAUAUUUAACAAAUGAAGCUAAAGGAGCUGAAGAUGCACCAGAUGCUGACACAGCCAUUAUCAAUGCUGAAGGCAGCCAAGUCAAUGCUGAGGAGAAAAAAGAGUAUUUCAUUUAAAAUGCAGGCCAAGAUUCUGAGUUUUACUUACCAGGCUGGCUGCUGGAGAAAACUGGCUAUCAUCUUUCAGAAUUCAUUUCUACCAUCUUCUGCUACCUUUAUUAACUUCCAUACUGUACUGCUAUCAGUAGCCAGUGUAUACCAACAAUCAGCUGUCAAAGCAUCAUUCUUUAAUUACUGUACCAUCCAUAAUGCAGGACAUUUCUUACUGCCUAAAUUCCACACCAUUGCUCUUUUAACAUACAGUGCUUGAAUAUACAGCCUUAACAAUGUUAAUCAUCUCCUUGGACCAUGAUAUUGAAUUGUUUUUAUACAUUGAAAGAAAUGUAUGAAGAGGUUUUUUUUUUCCCCCCUUCAUUCUUUUCCCCCUUCAAACCAUAUACCUUGUCAGCUUGCCAUUUGACAGUUUCACAAGGAACAGGAUUAGGUGAUGACCUAAUGUUCUUAAGUUUAAUCAGAGAUUAGAGGUUUACAAUGUUUUCUAUAUGUCUACCUUCAAAGACAUGUUUUGGAAACAUAUGCCCUAGAAAACAUACACUGAAAACACUGUAGUUUAGACUCUGGAAUGUUUGAGAUUAUAUUGGUAAAGUCGUAUCAAUUUGCUAUAUAAAUUUAUAGUAUUUGAUACCGGAACCUUUGUGUGGUUCUAAUGAUGACGGACAUAUAAUUAUAGAGAUCCUAUCUUUAGGUUAUUUUAGCUUCACUUACCAAUACAUUGUUCCAGACAUUUUACUGCUUUGGGAAUCACAAAUAUUUCAUUUCUAAUUUGAUUCUAUAAUUUAUUUGUUCCACAAGGACUCACCUGCCUAAACAGAAUUGAAAUAUCCAUAGGGCACAAUUUUGAGACAUUUUAGUAUUUGUAUAUAGUGCAUAUAAUAAAUCCACUUAAACAUUAUUUGAUACAUAUUUAACUUUUUUGGCUGUAGGUAAUUCAGUCAUAAAUAAGCAUUUUCUAAUGUCCAUUAUAUCCCUUUAGAUAUUAUUACUUAAACCAAUAUUAUAAGUAGAUAACAUGUAUUAGUAUUUUUGUCUGUAUGUCCUAGCACUGUUCAACAACAAAUUUUUCUAGUUCUUGUCAAUUUUUAUUUGUUAUACAAUGGAAGCACAAUGUUAUAAGGAAAGGUAAUUUUAAGCUAACAACCAGUGCACAGCCUCAGGUUUUAAAUUACAACCACAGUUGAAUAAUAACCUAAAAAUAAACUCUUAGUUUGCUAAAAAUUUACAAAUUUUAAUUUGACAGUUCCAGAACUGCUUACCUAUGUUGGUUUGCCAAAAAAGAUGUGUUUAAAAUAUGUUUUCUGUAUAAAUGAACUAAUUCUUUAUAUUAAAUUACUGUCUAUGCAUUUUGUGAGGUACAAACUUAUAAAACAGUGAGUAAUAGAGAAUUUCUGCCAUGCUUUUAACUCCAAGGUGAAAGUCUCUUUCUCUGGAUUAUUUCUGAAAUUUUGGUGUAUUUAACCAUUAAGAAAUACUGUAUUCUUAAAUAUGACACAGAGUCAACCUAAAGUCAUAUUAUUUCUUCGAGUAAAAUAUAAUAUUGCUAGGUUAGUUCUCAUUAAAUUAUUAUAUGCUAAAAAUUCAAAAUCCAGUUAGAUAAAAAUUAUUUUCCCAUUCACAAACAUUGCACCUUUAAGAAGAAAAUGUGACAAUAUGGUAGCUAUACUUGAGAUGUCUGAAAGCAUGAUGGCCUAUGGUUUUAAAAAUAAUAUCUUGGAAUUUAUUUUUGGGGAAUGAGAAUGGUUGAGUAUGACAUCAUGUAUUAAUAUCAAGUGAAAGACAAGGGUGCUGUAUCUUAGAAUAUUUAUCAGAAAGUAUAAAUCUUUUAAAGACAACGCUAGAAUUUUUAAAUUGUUUUUUCUUAUUGUUGAAGCAUUUAUCUUGUUGAUUUCUUACAAAAGAAAAAGGACGAUGUCAGUCAAGCAGCACUUUUUCAGAAUAUACAGAACAUAAAUAAUAUGAUGUGGUUGAGUGUUAACAUAAUAAAUCAUAUACAGUAUGACAUUU